AUGUACUGGGUGCUUCACAUGCUAUUUCAACGACACAACAGGUUUAUCUAUGUUGCCUACAAGGUUCAAGGCAGUGUCAAAGGAAGCUUGAUGACUUGGGUUACUGUUAUAGCUUGGCAAGUUGUUUUUGCAGAGUAUGAGGUUGUCCGGAACAAUAGUGUGAUGAAAUUCAUCGACAAGGAUUUCAUCAACUUUGGGACUCUGUUCUCCCUUUGGAUUGUGAAGUCUUGUUUGGUUAUGUAUGUAGGAGCAUGUUUUCACAUGAGCACAUACCACCAAAGAUUUUUGAUUGUCUCUUCUAUGGCUAUGUGA